AUGCGUUCCGCCACAUUGCUCCUCGUCAUUUGCAACGUUCCGGCAAUCUUCGCCACUUGCAGGUCCGUCACGCAGCCAUGCACUAAUUUUCAAACUUGCUAUGGGUUGGAAAUGGCAUCGACCUGUGCUUCUGACGAGUACGUGAGUCGUGAAGGAAGUUGCCAGUCUGUAACAUCUGCUACCAACAGUCAUGUCACGUGCGAGUGUUGUAAAAAGAAGUGA